AUGGAUGAUCACCUUAAACAAUUGGAGGAACGAAUGAUUGCACAAGCUCAAAGGGUUGAUGAUCAAUCAACUCAGAUUCAAGAUCAAUCCAAGAAAAUGGAUGGAAUUAUGGAAUUGUUGUUGGAAAUGAGGAACCAGAUGAAUCAAAUGAAGGAUAGCACUUCUGAGAAUGGCCACAGUAGACAAGCAGGUGGUUCUCAAGCUCAGCAUUCCAAAGUGGAUUUAGCUUCACUUAACAUGUUGGAUAAGGCAGAAAAAUGGGUAACAAGUUACUUAACAUCCAGAAGAAAUGUAGAUUGGGGGAAAUUUUGUUUGGAUUUAAUGGCAAGAUUUAGAGACAAUAGAGGAAGUAGCACUGUAGAAAAGUUUAAUAAACUCAAACAAUCUGAUUCUAUUGACUCAUAUCUGGAUGAGUUUGAAGAUUUAAGGUCUGAUGUGCUUAAUACACACCAUAAUCUGUCUGAGGAAUAUCUUUUAGAUAGUUUCAUUGGGGGGUUAGACCCAAUUGUUAAACCUUUUGUGAAAGCUUUUAAGCCAAACUCUAUUUCUGAGGCUGUGGAGUUUGCAAGGCUACAGGAGGAACAAACCUUGGCUUGUUCACAAAAGCAGGUUAAACCAACCUAUUUUUCCCAAACCAGUAAACCCACAAAUUAUUCCCAAAACACUAAAGCCAUUCAAGCUGUUCCUGUGAGUGUAAACAGACCAGCUCUUCUCCCUACUCCAAAUAUCAAACCUCAAUUACCCUCUAACAAAUUUCAACCCAAGUUUGCAAGAAAUUUUAGACAUAUUCCAGCUGAUGUUAGGGCUGAGAAAAUAGCAAAAGGGCUUUGCUAUUAUUGUGAUCAACAUUAUGACAGGAACCAUAAAUGCCAAUUCAAGGAACCACAGUUGUUUACAGUGGAGAUUUUCAGUAGUGAGGAGAAAGUAGAUGCUGUCAGUGAUGAGGAAAUCAAUGAUUCUGAGGAUGAGGGGUUGGUUGAUCCUGUUUUAUCUCUCAAUGCUCUUUCUGGGAAUCAAACAUUCCAGACAAUGAGAGUUAAGGGAUUGGUUGGGUCUAAACUUUUCCAUGUUUUGGUUGAUUCUGGAAGUACUCAUAAAUUUCUAGAUUUGGACUUAGCUAAAAAAAUGGGAUGUAAAAUAGAAGCAAUUCCAAUUCAGCAUGUGGCUGUGGCAGAUGGAAAUCACUUGAACUGCCAGCAUGUGUGUAAAGAGUUCACAUGGGAAAUGCAAGGAAGAAUUUUCAAAGCAGAUGUCAUGUUGAUUGCUUUGGGGGGCUGUGAUAUGGUACUAGGAGUCCAGUGGUUAGCUACAUUAGGGCCAAUAUGUUGGGAUUUUAAGGAAUUGAAAAUGGAGUUUAGUCAGUUUGGUGAACAAUUUGUAUUAAAGGGGGUGCAUCCUCAAAAAGUUAAACUGUUAGAUGGUACUCCAUCAGCUAAACUAUUUGAUAAUGCAGUACAAUUGUGCUUGCUGCAAGUGAGAGAUAUGGCUUUUAUGCAGUUAGAGGUGGAACAGACCAUCAAUCCAACUAUAUCAGUUGAGUUGUUGGCUUUGCAAGAGUCAUACAAAGACAUCUUUGCAGAUCCAGAACAUCUCCCACUCCACAUGGGAGUUUUUGAUCACACCAUUCCUUUAGAAACUGACUCAAGGCCAGUAAAUAUCAGACCCUAUAGGUAUCCAUUAAAGCAGAGAGAUAUCAUUGAGCAAUUGGUACAGGAAAUGCUAGAGAGAGGAAUCAUACAAAAUAGUGCAAGUCCUUUUGCUUCUCCAGUUGUGCUUGUGGGAAAGAAAGAUGGCACUUGGAGAUUAUGUGUGGACUAUAGGGAGCUUAAUAACAGGACUGUGAAGAACAAAUUCCCAAUCCCUGUUAUAGAUGAACUAAUAGAUGAGCUGGCAGGAGCAACAAUCUUUAGUAAAUUGGAUCUGAGAGCUGGUUAUCACCAACUCAGGGUCAGUGACAAGGAUGUGUAUAAGACAUCUUUUAAGACACAUGCAUGA